UUAUUUUCUAAUCAAGUUUCUUUGCGGCGCAUCUGUUUCCUGCUGAUCUGUUGUAUAACCGGCACAAAUUUUCAAGAUGGCGAUGAGCAAGAAAGGAAACGUGCGACUUCCUCCAGAAGUCAAUCGUAUACUUUAUGUAAAGAACCUUCCUUAUAAAAUUACAGCAGAAGAGAUGUAUGACAUUUUUGGAAAAUAUGGUGCCAUCAGACAAAUUCGAGUUGGAAACACACCUGAGACAAAGGGCACAGCCUUUGUGGUAUAUGAGGACAUCUUUGAUGCCAAGAAUGCCUGUGACCACCUGUCAGGCUUCAAUGUGUGCAACCGAUACCUUGUCGUUCUUUACUAUCAGUCAAACAGGGCUUUCAAGAAAGUGGACACAGAAAAGAAGAAACAAGACCUGGACCAGAUGAAAAGCAAGUAUGGGCUCAGUACACCAGAAAAGAAGUAAGGGUGACAACUGUUGCUUAAAGGCGAUUAUUUGAGGCACAUUUUGGAAUAGCAGCUGUAGUAAAAAACCUGGAGGAUUCACAGCUAAAACGUAGUUUGUUACAAUAAUGAAGUGUAUGUGACAUGUUUAGAUUUAGUUAUGUUCAGUGCAUAAUGAAUGCUACAUGAAAACAUGCUACCUGCAGUUGAUGACGUAUUGAAACACUUUUGUAUUUUAGACUAAAAGUUAUCCUUUUUUUUUUUUUUUGUAACCUUGACAAGUGAAUAAGCCUCAAAGACAGCAGCAGUAAAUAUAUUGUUCUACUUGGUGCCGACUAAUUGUAACCUUCACAGUUAAUCAUGUCAUCAUAUGACGUGUGUGUGAGCGCGCGUGUGCCUGCAUCAUCAUAGCUAUCAUUGUUCACUUAAUGUAUAAAAUUUCAGCAGUGAGGGUGUGAUGUGGACAUGAGAUUAUCUGGUUGAUAGCCUUUUUGUUUGCGAAACCAUGUUUUAGCAAGAAAGAGUACAUCUGCAUCAGUGUUGUCAUUAAAACUAGUAAUGUUUUACAUCUG